GCCUUUUCUGUUGUUUCAAAGCUGCUGUCUCAACGUAAACUUGACCUGCUGGAUGAACUUGUAUCAGCAGAGGUACUUCAGGUGCUGAAGGAAAAGAUUUCUUUGCUCCCUGACAGCCACAGGGAUGCUUUAGCAGCUGACAUUGAUUCAAUCAUGUACACAACAGAAGGAGAUGUUCGCAUUUACUAUGAUGAUGAUGGAAGAAAGUUUGUUAGCAUCUUGAUGUGUUUCUGGUAUCUGAAUGGUGCUAACCUACCUGACGAAGUACCAGGUGAAACCAAAGUUUUCCAGAUUGUGUUUGGAGAUGGAAGUUCAAAAGAAAAGAAACAUCUUUUAACAGCAAACUAUGAGUUCCAAAGAGAAUUUACAGAAGGAGCAAAACCAGACUGGACAAUUACACGGAUUGAACAUCCAAGGCUAUUAGAAUAAAUGCCUUCUACAGUCUUUUUGUGUACCAUUGUAGAUGUUCAGUCUCUUUGGGUUUCCCCCCACCACCACUUUCCCCUCCAAAAGAGGGAUGAAUUUUGUAUGUUUGAUUUCCCAAAAUUGUUCCUGAAACUUACUCUGCUGCAGCAUUACAAUAAAGCCUUUUCCCUGGAGCAGGGUAGUACAGGUUUAAUUGGUACUGGUGCUCAUCCAAGACAUUUACACAGCAGUUUCACACAGGCUAGUAUUAUGGGUAUGUUGACUUUGCACAUUCUGAGAAGAAAUGAUUCCACUUGAAGAUAAACAACACUUUCCUGGCUUGUGGCCCCUCU